AUGAUUGGUUUCGCGGGAAAGCGUUUUUCCCCGUUCUGAUCUGCGUAAGUUUGUUUUGUUCUCGAGCAAGAAAGCACGCAGUGAAAAUGCCUAAAAGAUCCUACCCUUUUGACGAAUCCUUCUCGUCGCAGUAUAAAAUUCACAUCGGACAGAGGGAGUUGAACCAUGGUGUUUUGGGGUACAAAUACAAACAAGAAAUAUAUGAAAAGACGAAGAACCUGAUGUUCAAUGGGGCCAAGGCGGUUGUGGGUAAGUUAUGGAAUGGCGCUGGAGAGCGCACAAGCCCAACGUCAGCUGCACCGGCCGAGACGCCGACGGCUGCCCCGGCGGCUGCCCCAGGGUUACUGAGGGGACAGACGACCAUUGGAUUCAACGGCAAACUGCAGAGAAACGCCCCUGUCGAAGGUGCAGCUGUGGCAGCUUCUGGCUGCUGUGUGUGUCUGAAGGCCCUGGCGACCCUGAGGUCGUGCUCAGAGUGUGAGCGCCCUGCGUGCCCCUCCUGCACCCAGCAGUGCUCCAGCUGUGCCAAUCUGUGCUGCUCUGUCUGCACGGUCGUAGAUUACAGCGGCAGGUAUGACCAGGUGUUGUGCUGUGGCUGUUCGACCUGAGGGAGGUCUUCACCUGAGGGAGGUCUUCACCUGAGGGAGGUCUUCACCUGAGGGAGGUCUUCACCUGAGGGAGGUCUUCACCUGAGGGAGGUCUUCACCUGAGGGAGGUCUUCACCUGAGGGAGGUCUUCACCUGAGGGAGGUCUUCACCUGAGGGAGGUCUUCACCUGAGGGAGGUCUUCACCUGAGGGAGGUCUUCACCUGAGGGAGGUCUUCACCUGAGGGAGGUCUUCACCUGAGGGAGGUCUUCACCUGAGGGAGGUCUUCACCUGAGGGAGGUCUUCACCUGAGGGAGGUCUUCACCUGAGGGAGGUCUUCACCUGAGGGAGGUCUUCACCUGAGGGAGGUCUUCACCUGAGGGAGGUCUUCACCUGAGGGAGGUCUUCACUUGGGUCAAAAUAGAGGACUGCUUGAAUGUUUUUGUUUUCCCUGUUUUGCAUGAAAUAUAUCACAUUUUAUACAUCCCUUUUUAUGAUGAUGCAAAUGUUUAUUUGUAAAUAUGUAUCUUAUCAUUCCAAAAUAAAUGCUUAAAUCUUU